UUCUGAUAACGUGUUGUCACCAUUUCAUUAACUUGCGGUAUCUUAUCAGUGAAAACCAGUUUUGAUUCUGUGUCCUCAAGUCACGCUAUUUUAAAGUGUGAACAUGAAGCUUGUGUGUGCGAUUCUGUUAUGUAUUUUUGGAGCUGCAGUAUGCCUACCAAAGCGAUUUAUUGACUGCACGGACUUCAUGUGCGAUGAAGUGUACAGCCCGGUGUGCGGCACGGAUGGCCGCACGUACGCCAAUGAGUGCCAGAUGGACGUUGAGAACCGGAAACGCCUUUGCUGGAUGGGCCACUUCAACAUGGUCAGCAAGGUGCACGAGGGCCCGUGCAGUGACGUCACACUCGCACCAUAGCAACACAUGUGCUUUGUGUCAUUUGACUAUUAUGUGCAUAAAUAACAUUUACAACUGAACAUAAAAGAUCUAUUAUUUUAAACAUA